AACUGUAUAAUUUACUAUGCUUUACUAAUAAUUUUAAAUUACUGUUUUGACUUUUCAGAGAAAAGUAAUUAUACAGCAUGUGUGUAUAUUUCAGCCUGAAAACAUUCUCAUGGCAGACCAGAAAAGUGAUCACAUUCGUAUUUGUGAUUUUGGCAAUGCUCUGAAAGUCAAACCAAAUGAAGAAUUGUACUGCAAAUAUGGCACACCCGAAUUUAUUGCUCCUGAGAUUGUAAACCAGUCACCCAUCUCUAAAUCUACAGAUAUUUGGCCAGUGGGUGUCAUAGCUUAUUUAUGCCUAACGGGAGUUUCCCCAUUUGCUGGGGAAAAUGACCGUGACACUCUGCUGAACAUCAGGAAUUAUAAUGUUGCAUUUGAGGAAAGCAUGUUCAAAGACCUUUGCAGAGAAGCAAAAGGGUUCAUCAUAAAGCUCCUCGUAUCAAACAAACUGAGACCUGCUGCCACAGAAUGUCUUUUUCAUCCUUGGUUCAAGGUAUGAUGGAAUAUUAACAAACAGGCUGCAGUAACGAUUAAUGAAG